GAUAAGUCAUGCGUUAAAAAACUGCAUAAUAAAGUAGUUAGAAUUAAGUUAAUAAAUAUUAUUCAGAAAUUUGUUAUCGCUCAAUUCUAGGUCGCAACCCGAGAUACCAUACUAGUGUUAUAUUCUGAUCUUUCGAUAUACCUCUCAUAUAGUCGCACGCCGUCAUUUUGCGCUGUAAGAAUGAUAUCGAGAAUCUGUUUCAUACUUUUACUGACAUUUUCUGUCAGUUUUGCCAAGGAUAAGUGCCCGAAUAUCAUUAGCAGAACUCAGUGGACCAGUGUUCCCGCUGGAGAUGUUAAUUAUUUAAUAGUACCGAUACCUUAUGUGAUAAUACAGCAUACAAACACACCAGAAUGUGAUACGCGCGACACAUGCACAUCUCGCGUGGAUAGCAUUCGUGGUUACCAUAUGGAUACAUUUGAUUGGGAUGAUAUUGGUUACUCAUUCCUGAUUGGCAAUGAUGGAAAUGUAUAUGAAGGAUGCGGAUGGACACGCGAAGGAGCCCAUACGUAUGGAUAUAAUAAGAAAUCUGUCGGUAUAGCUUUCAUUGGAAAUUUUCAGAACAAAGAAGUUAGCCAGAGUAUGUUAGAUACCGCACACCAAUUAAUCAACUGUGGAAAAUCUCAACAUAUACUUCGAGAUAAUGUACGUGUACUAGGUGCACGACAAGUGACUCAAACAGCGAGUCCUGGAAAUCGACUCUAUGCUCAGAUCCAAAAUUGGCCUGAAUGGAGUAGCGAGCCUUAAAUAAACGUUUAAAAGUAAAUAUCCUCCAUCAAAUUGAGAUAUUCAAGUUUCGAUCGAACAAUAUAUUUUUAAUUGUUCAAUAUAAUUUGCAUAUAAUGAUAUAGAGACAUAAUGUAUAUCUUUUGCUUCUGUGAGUCUCAAAGUCUUUUUGAAUAAGAAUUCUUGGAAAAAUUUCGUUAUCUUGUUACAGUACUGAUUAUUUAUGUUAAUCUGUAUUUUAUUUGAAAAAAUUGUGAACAGACAAAACAUUUUAAACUAGAUAUAAGACUAUCGCUGAAUAUAACAUUGUUACAAAAUUAAAAUAUAUUACAUUGUAAAAAAUAUACAUCAAUAUUUAAUAUAA